CCAGACACGAAAAGGAGAGAGAGUGAUGAAGACGAAGAAGAAGAAGAAGAGUUGGUUGGUGAUCCCAUCUUGCACUGGAGACAGCUUUUCACCACCCACAACAGCAACUGAAUUUGUUAUCCUUUUGUUGAAUUUAGAACUGGAACCCAAUCCAGCCCCGGGUGCCGGUGCAGUUGGUGAACAAAACCGCCCAUACCGACCUCAGACUCCCCGGUCAGUGCUCAAGCAUCGCGUUCAGCAUUGGCUAGAGAAGACAUCGGCUACUUGUCUCUUCCUGUUCUUCCACUCACUGAAGCCCGUCCACCCGCUGCCACCUCACUCUCCAUUCCCUGACUGGACCACAAAAUAGCCACUUCGACGCCUGCACCUGUGCGGUUCUGGUUGGUUCGUAACAUCCGCCAUUCCCCCCCAUCUUCUCCACCCCAAACCCUGCAAGCCGCUGUAUCUGCCUAGGCGUUUCCUGCGCAGCCUAAUCCGACUCUUAGCAAUCAUAGACGCCGCUGACGGAUAGCAUCGUCACAUUCUCACCCACCUGCAUGCUCUUUUAAGCCUGGCACUCAACCUUUUUUCCCUUUUUGCUCCUCUGCUUGACUUCUCAAUCUUGUUCACGGCCCCGUCUACUGCUUUUCCACCACCACUCUGACUCUUCUGGACUUCACUUGUGCAACCAGCUGCCUCUCAUUAAGCCUCCAGUAACCUUUCUGUGUCCUCACCGUCCGACCGGUCAAUCCUUGACUCAUUCACUGGUUGUCUGACCCAGCCUUAAGACUUUUCAAGGAAGGCCUGAUUUAUUCUGUGUUGUUGUUUAUUUAUUAAUCUUUUUUUCCGUUAAUUUCCAUUGCCUUUAUUCCUUUUUGUUGCAUUUCUUCAGCAUCCAUCUGAAAAGUCAUCGUUAGCACUCAGAAUACCCGGAAGGACCUUUAGAUAGAUUGCCUCUAGAUUCACUUCUUGCACAUAUUCUUCGGUGAAUUCUUUAUAAUUUCCCUACGUCGGCCGACUCGACCAACUUUCAAUUGUCCAUCAUGGCUUCAAAUCGCGCUCGCCGCAUCGCCAAAGAACUCGCAGACAUUCAUGAUGACAGUCACUCCCAGGUUGCUGUCGAGCCCAUUGGUGGUGGGGACGACCUCACACAUUUGAAGGGAACUUUUCAGGGUCCUCCGGGGACCCCAUACGAAGGUGGAACCUAUCGCGUCGACAUCAGGAUCCCCAACGAGUACCCCUUCCGCCCUCCAGUUAUGAGGUUUGAUACCAAAUUGUGGCAUCCAAAUGUCAGCAGUCAAACUGGAGCUAUUUGCCUUGACACAUUGGGCACGGCCUGGUCCCCCGUCCUUACCAUCAAGUCUGCGCUGCUCUCCCUGCAGUCUCUGCUCAGCACUCCUGAGCCAAAAGAUCCCCAAGAUGCCGAAGUUGCCAACAUGCUACUUCGGAAUCCAAAGGAAUUCGAACGAGUUGCAAGGGAAUGGGCCGUCAUGCAUGCCGGCGCGCCAAAAAAGCAGAUUGGCGAAGGCAGCGGCGGGGCUACAGCGGCGUCCAUCCGCGAGAAAGAGAUCAAGUCGAAGCAGGAGCAAGAGCAAGAAGAACUUGCCGCGUAUGAGGGAUAUAACAAGGAUCUCAUCGACCGUUUCUGCAGCAUGGGCUUCGAUGUCCCAAGAGUCGUUGCAGCUUUCAAAUAUGUUGGCAUCGACCGGAUGGACGGAGAAGAUUACGAACUGGAGGAGGCUUACAUGGGAGAUGUAACCGCUCGUCUUCUGGGAGAGCCAUGAAAGGUGUUCUGGGGAGCAGCAUUACGUUUCUCCCCUCGCCUGCGUCAUGUUUUCUUUUUGCAAGGACCUCCAGUGUGAACUCCAUUAUCCGCACGAACCUUGUACCCCUUUUACGUGUCAAUGACCAUGAAACAGAUCGAUGAAGGUGGUGGAUAGCGAAAGGUGUCUGGCGAACAAAUUUCUGGCGUUUCAGCAGCAGGAAUGGGAGGUGUUAUUGUCACCAUGUGCAAUAUGUUAUUCUUCAAGCCUUUCUCUAUCUCAGAUUAGGUUCGUUAGUUGGGUUUAAUGCGGAAUACUAUUCUCAUAUCACUUCACAAAACAGCUCGCGUGGGGCAGGAUUUCGCGGUUCGGG